UGCUGUAGGUAAAACAUGCCUACUCAUCAGCUACACAACCAAUGCAUUCCCUGGGGAAUAUAUACCCACUGUUUUUGACAACUACUCUGCUAAUGUAAUGGUUGAUGGAAAACCGGUCAAUCUGGGUUUGUGGGAUACAGCCGGUCAAGAGGACUAUGACAGAUUACGUCCGCUCUCCUAUCCGCAAACAGUUGGAGCAACCAAUGGUAGGAAUAGAUCUUCCAGUCUGACAGAUCAGCCUAUCGCCGAUGUCUUCUUGAUCUGCUUUUCCCUGGUCAGCCCUGCUUCCUUUGAAAAUGUCCGUGCUAAGUGGUAUCCUGAGGUGCGGCACCAUUGCCCCAACACCCCCAUCAUUUUGGUGGGUACCAAACUCGAUCUCCGGGAUGACAAGGACACCAUUGAAAAGCUGAAGGAGAAGAAGCUGACUCCCAUCACCUACCCACAGGGCCUUGCCAUGGCAAAAGAGAUAGGUGCAGUGAAAUACCUAGAAUGCUCGGCACUUACGCAGCGAGGCCUCAAGACAGUGUUUGACGAAGCUAUUCGAGCAGUUCUGUGCCCCCCUCCUGUAAAGAAGAGGAAGAGAAAAUGUCUGCUGCUGUAGAUGUUACCCUCCCCCACCCCAAACCCCAUGCGCUGCUCGGAACAAUGGAGCAUUCACACUCAAUGCCAAGUUUUUCUGUUAUAAAUUAGUUCUCUCCCAGAAAUUCUUGAACCAACGAUUUCUCAGUUUCAGUGGUUUAACGUAUGAAAGGUACCUUGCAUCUUCUAGAAGCAAGCUCCCGAAAAGACAAACCCGGGUAAAGCCUUAUUUUUAAAACCCUAUUCUUGCUCAAUUAAGUGUUGCCAAACUGUCUGCUGAACUAAGUUGCGUCGUUGUGCUGCGAACACUAAGCACUAAACUUUUUUAAAGAUUCUUCUUGCAAGAUGACUCUAAUUUGUGGUAGGAAACACAGAAACACUUUCUAGUUUUUCACAGUAAGUAACAGUACCAUGCAGCCAGCGAAACACUGCGCUCCAACCUGUUAUGGUUGUGUGUUUUCUCACCCCCCGUC